AUGGAUUGGGAGGAAGAAUUGGACGGUUUUAAGUAUGACAGCGAUAAGUAUGAGAAGAAACGGAUCAAAGUUCUCCAACAGGAGAGGGAAACCAUACAAACCAAGACAUUUCGCAAAUGGAUUAACUCUAUCCUAAUUAAAGCUAAUGAAGAAGUUCAUGAUAUUUUCACUGAUCUAUCGGAUGGAAGAAAGUUAUUAAAACUGUUAGAAUUAGUGAGCGGCGAAAGUAUAGGCAAACCCAAUACUGGCCGAGAAUUGCACCAUAAGUUAGAUAAUGUCGGCAAAUGUUUAACUUUUGUCAAGUCUAAGGUUCGUUUGGAGAGUAUAGGCCCACAGGAUAUUGUGGACGGAAACAAAAAAUUGAUUUUAGGCUUAAUUUGGACAAUCAUUUUGAGAUUUCAAAUACAAAGCCUUAAUUUCAAUGAAUUCAAUAUUUUUGAUGUCAAGUCAGCCAAAGAAGCGCUUCUCCUAUGGUGUCAAUUGCGAACUGCUAAAUAUCCUAACGUUAGAGUCACAGACUUUAGUUGUCAAAGUUGGCGGUCGGGAAUGGCAUUCAAUGCACUGAUUCACGCGCACAGACCUGAUCUCAUUAGAUACGACCGCUUGCAUCCUCACAACCAUAAUUAUAACCUCAAUCUAGCCUUCGAUGUCGCCUCCAGAGAGUUAGCCGUUCCCCGGCUUCUGGACGCCGAAGAUUUUGACAACGAAUGUGCGGACGAGAAAUCUAUUGUCACGUAUUUGUCGUGUUUUUAUCAUAUGUUAAGCAAAAUCAAAAGUGAUAUGAAGUGCAGCAAAAGAAUUGCAAAUAUAAUCACUCAACUCAUUGAUGUGGAAAGACUUCAACUUAAAUACGAGUAUUUCACUAAAAGUCUAAUAAAUUGGAUUCAAAUCGAAAUCAAUGAAUUGAAGGACAGAAACCUACCCAACAACGCACUGGGCAUUCAACAGGAACUCAUAAAAUUCAAAGAAUACAUUACUGUUGAAAAGCCACCGAAACUUAGGGAACGUAACGAAUGUGAAGGCAUUCAUUUUGAAAUACAAACUCUAAUGAAAAGUUUGGGACAUCCGUUAUAUAAAGCACCCGAAGGUCUCACUGUUAAAGACAUUGAAAGGGAAUGGACUGAACUUGAAAAGGAAGAAAACAAACGACAGCUUUACUUAAGGCAAGAGUUUUUAAGGUUAGAAAAACUGGAAAGUCUUGCGAAUAGGUUCGAGAGAAAGUGUGUACUGAGAGAGGCCUACAUUAACGAGAAGCUAAGGAUAUUAAGUGAACCCAUUUAUGCCAACCAAACAAACAACAACUUUGAGGCCAACUAUAAAAAGCACAAAACAAUUAGCGCUGAUAUCUUAGCCCAAACCGAAAAAUUCAAUGAACUAACAGUUAUGGCGCGACAACUAAUUGAUGGCAACUAUUAUGAUAAGGAAGAGGUGAUGAUUUGCGAGAAACACAUCACAAACAAAUGGAGACAACUGUUGGAUAUGUUAAGAAAUCAUCAAAACGUAUUCACCGCUGCGUCUGAACUGUUGUUAGCCUUAAGAGAGGCAGAAAUCAUAGCCAAUGAAAUCAAAGAUAUGGCCAAAGGACUGAAUCUUAUUAACAAAAAGCAAAUUCAGAUACCAUUCGGUGUCGAAGAACUCAUCGAACGGCACAAUAUUUUUGAAUCUCAAAUGGCAUCCAAAGAGGAAACGAUUGAUAAAUUAAACUCUAUUUCGGACUCAAUAUCUGGAAGUGAAUCCAAUUACAAAGUCAUGCAAUUAAUAAAGAGAGAAUCACCGGAAUUGAGUACUAGUUUGCAAACACUUAACAACGAAUACAUGAAUGUCUCAAAACUGGUCAAACUUCGCAAAAUAAGUCUCAACCAAAUGAGAGAUUAUUAUCAAUUAAUCAAUGAUAUCGAUGAGGAAGAGACCACAAUUUGCGAACGCCUUUGCAUUUGUCAGUCAGUUCUCGUGAGUAAAGAUCUUUUAGGAGUACAUAAUCUUCAGCGCAAACACGAGCUCCUCGUUAUUGAUAUCAAAACUCAGGAGAAAAAGAUUAAUUAUCUGAUAAAUUAUGGCAAAAGACUUAUUGAUAGCAAUCAUACCGAAAGCGAUGCAAUCAAACAAAAGAUUCAAAGUUUAGGAAAGAAAUGGAAAUCUUUAAACGAGUCAAUCGAUGAGAAGAGUCAACAAAUCAAUGAUGCGAUCGAAGCGUUUCAAUACCACAAAGAGGCGAAUGAAGUCGAGUCCUGGCUUAAGGAGAAAAUGAAUUUAUUUGACGCACAAGACAUCGAAGUGAUGGAUGAGACCAAUGCUUUGGCACUCUUCCGAAGACAUUCACAAAUCGAGAGCGAAAUCCGUGCCUUUGAUAACGAUAUUAAACGAUUGAAUAUGGAAUCCAAUAAAAUGAUAAAAUCAGGAAUUUCUGCACUUUUUGUCUUAAGCGGCGACUCGUUUGUGACGGCGACACAGAUUGGCUGCAAUCAAAUGCAAAGUUUGCAAAACAAUGGCACAACCGAUGAGACCGAAUCGGAAAGAAAUUCAAACGAUUCAAACGCUGAGAUACGAUCGCCACAGAAGAAGAGAUUGAGUAUAAUAUGUAACGCAGAGAGUGUGGAACAGAGACAGGAAAAUAUAAACUCUUGUUAUUUCCAACUCUUGAACAUGUGUUGUGUUAAACGCAAAAAACUCAAAGAUUUUAUUCAACUUUUGCGAUACAAUCAGGAAUGCAAUGGAUUAGAGAAUUGGGUUUUAGAAACCAAACGUCUGGUGACUGACAUUAAUAUGAACUACGAAAGAGGUUUAAUAGGUUCGGAACCACUUUUCAAAGACAAUUCAGACCAACCCAUAGCUACUAAUUCAGAAUCCAAACAAAUCAAGAGAACGGCUCAAAGUUAUGCACAAAACCAAGAAUUUUCGAUUGAACAGCAAAAUAGACAAAAGAGAAUGAGAUAUGAUUGGAAUCAAUUGAAUCUAAUGAUGAAUGAACUCGAAGACGCUUUAACCACUGUUGAAGAUAUCAACUCUACGUGCAAUCAAAUGGUCACUAAUUUAAGCCAUCAGUUCAUUACAGACGCGACAACGAGUGAGACUAUUAUUGAGAACAAUAUCAGUCAUCUCAAUGAUAAUCGGGAAAUAAUUAUCGAAGAGUGUCCGGAAGAGAGGUAUCACAAGGAAAAUGAUAUAAUAAUCACAGAAUUAGACGAAAAUGAAGAGAUUGACGAAGAGCUCAUCGCUUUCAACACCGAAUUCACAAAAAUAUCAUAUUUAUUGAAAUCAUGUGAAAUGCGUUUGGAAAGCGAAGUCUCUUUGGGAGAGACCCUGGAGUCGGUGUAUGGGUUGCAGAAGAGACACGAGAACUUCAUCGCCACUCUCUUAGCUCAAGACGAAAGACUGCAUUUGUUCGGCGAUAUGGCCGACAAACUCAUUGACGCCAAACAUUACGAUUCGCCGAAUAUAGAGAGUCGACGCAAACAAGUGAUUGAACGCAGGGUUUGUGUCAAAGAGAAGGCACUCGAGAGGACACAAGUGCUGAACGACGCCCUCAACUAUCAGGAGCUGAGAGCAGACGCCGAGGACUUCCAGAGUUGGUGUUCAGACAAGAAGAAGACCGCUUCGGACGAGUCGUACAAAGAGUUGCAGAAUAUGGAGAGAAAAGUGCAGAAACACGAGGCCUUUGAGGCAGAGUUGGCCGCAAAUCAGUCACGACUGACGGCAAUCAAUCAGAGGGCGAGGGAUCUGAUCUCGAGCUCACACUUUGCCAGUCGAGAGAUCGAGGCUCUCGUCAAAGCCAUUAACGAUCAGUGGCUCGAGUUGUUUGGUCUGACGGAGAGUCGGGGCCAACACUUGCGUCAGGCGUCCAAUCAGUUGGACUACAAUAAGACCGUCGAAAGGGCUAAACAGAGGUUAGAGGAGCUGAACAAAAGUGUCACUUCCAAGCAAAUGGGAACAGAUCUGAGAUCUUGCAAAGAGUUGAUCCAAAAGCACAACACAGUGGAAGUGGAGGUUCAGAUGUGGGAGAAGCAGAUGGAAGAGUUGAUGAGAAAGGGAGAAGAGAUGGCGGAAACCCAUUUCGACGGCCAGAAGAUCGUGGAGUCGUGUUAUUCAGUGAACGAGAGUUUGCGACAAAUGAAGACUCCGUUAGAGGAGAGACGACUCAAACUCUUGGAGUCGUUUAAGUUCUAUGAGUUUGAGUUUGAGAUCAAUGCAGAGCUUCAGUGGAUCCGAGAGCACAUGCCUUCUGCCAAAUCGGCAACAGUUGGACACAAUCUGACGGACGCGCAAAAUAUGAUGAAGAAAUACAAGCAAAACCUCGAGAGAGAAGUGGACGGACACGAGGGGAAGAUUCAGAAGACGCUGACAAAAGGUGAACAACUCGUCCAACAGAAGCACUUCCGCGAAGAGAGUAUAGAACAUGAGUGCAAACAAUUGGCUCAGAGUUGGCAUCAAUUGAAACGUUUGGUUUUGGAGCGCAAGAAGUUGUUGGAGAUAUCGCUGAAAAUGCAACACUUGUUGUCCGAAGCGACAGAAGUGGAGUCGUGGAUGAAUGAG